GUUACGCCUGCUCACGCAGCCGGACUCGAAGGACCUAAAUGGGUUUCCUGUUGGGCCAGCCUGGCCGACGGCUACGCCCCCCCAGGGACCGCUCCGCCGCACGGGGAGGCUCUGGAAGAUUUGCGCCUCAUGAACCGCUCGCUGGGAAACUCAAGCUCUGAGACCUCGGAGCCCGAGUCCAGAACCAGGAGGCUGCUGCCCCAGGUCCCCCCCGAGAAACUGGACCCUGCUCCCCCGAGCAUCCUGGUCCGCCAGGACCCCUCCAGCGGCCGGGACCAUCUGGACAGGGUCCACGCCCCCCCCCACCCACAGGAAGGUGCCCAGCGACUGGCGGUCCAGGACGACGUGGACCCGGACAGCCUGAGCGACGCCAGCCGCUCCGACGACGGUUCUGUUCUGGAGAAAACAAAGAAGAAUCCAUCUGGGACCAGGUCUUUGUCUCCUGGGGCCGCCGGACCUCAGUCCAAGGGUCCAGAAAAACUGUCUCCAUCCUCCAAAUCUUCCAAAUCCACUUGCUUCUACAUCGGUUCGGAAGACGGUCUGGUCAAACCUGACCAACCUGCCCGGAGCCCGGGACAGACAGAGAGGACAAAACCCCCCGCUACCACUGUCCUGAUCCGACACCUGAGCGGACACGAACCCCGGAGGACGGGCGUCAAACCCAACAGCUCGGCUCCAAACCUGCGUCUGCCGGAUGCGGACUCUGUCCCGGGGAGAGACGGCUGCCAGCGGCAGGAUGGGGACUCUGUCCCAGUUAGAGACGGCUGUGUAUCUCCUAUUGUGCGUCAGGAAAGUUUUACCAAAGACCGCCCCAGCGACACCGUCCAGAUGAAGAGGCUUCCACACAUUUCAAGCCAGCCGUCCCUCAGAGACAUGGAGCGGAGACGGGACGUCCCGGAUACGCAGUCCUCCCUACAGAGACGGGACACCCCGGACAUGCAGUCCUCCCUGCAGGAUGCAGAAGGGACUCUGUCCUCGCUGGACACUAAAUUCCCGUCGUCCGGCUCGGCGCGCAGCUCUAAGAGGGGCGGGUCCUCCACCCACAUGGACGACUCUCUCUCCGGGGAGUCGGACGUGGACACAGCGAGCACCGUCAGCCAGGUGAGCAGUAAAAACGCUCCAGUGAGUUCUAAGAAGCGUCCCCCCAUCAGAGGUCUGCAGAAGGACAAGUCCUCGUCCAGCCCGUCCAUCCCAGAGAAGGGACGCCAGGUCUCUGCACGUGAACGUCUUUCUGAGAAACGGCGAAACCAGGCGACGACAGACUCCUCCAGCAAGACGGAGGCGGCAAAGCGCUUGCAGACGCGGCGCAGCACGGGGAACCGCGGGUCCCUGGAUCUGUCCGAGGGUUGCGGCCCACCCUGGACCGAAACCGCGUCCUCGGACCAUGAAGUGUCCCGUCCGUCCAACCGAAGCAAGAAACUCAUCGCACCUCUUCAGAAAGAAGACAACGGAAAGCAACCGCAGGUUCUGACGCGGUCCAACAGCUUGUCAGCGCCGCGGCCGACGCGGGCGUCGAUGCUGCGCCGGGCGCGCCUGGGCGACGCCUCUGAUAACGAGGGUGCAGAGACUGACCGUGGGUCGCAGAACUCGGACGCCGCGCCGCCCCGGGUGUCGACCGAGGGGAAGAAGCUGUCCCGCCUGGACAUCCUAGCCAUGCCAAGGAAGAGAACCGGGUCCUUCACGGCGCCCAGCGAUAGCGAGGGGGCCGCAGCGGGCCGCACCGCGUUCUCCAACCGCAGCUCCGAGUCUGCAGCCAGCAGCAGGAAGACGUCCGUGGGCGACGGACGCCAGGCACCCAGCAAAGGGGGCGGGGCUCCGGGGAAACUGACCCGGACCCGGUCCAGCGGAGCCAAGUACCCCAUCACCAGUUCCCGCCGCAGACAGACAGGCUCGGACUUCUCCUCGUCCUCGGAGGAAGAGUACGAGACCAAGCGCUCCCCCCACCCCGCCACCUCCUGCCAGAAGACCCGCCCGGACACCAAGCGCUCCCCCCACCCCUCCACGUCCUGCCAGAAGCCCCGGUCUAAAUCCGUCUCCGUGGAGACGGAGGAGGACGAGGACCCAAGCGAGGGCGACCCUUACCAGAACUGGUCCACACACAGUGCCGAGAUCGCCAAGUAAGACAAACAGGGA